AUGGCUGGAAAUCCUAGAUUUGAAAUGACUUUGGCUAGCCCAGACUCCAGUUUUGCUGGGGGCUAUCAGAAUGGACCUAGAGGGAGUUAUUCUGGUCCAAGUUUGAAUAGGUCUGGAAGCUUUAGAGAGGGUGCAGAAAGUAGAAUGCUUGGUUCUGGGAAGGCUACAUCUAGGGGGACUGCUAUGUCAGCUGGGGACGUUUCAUCAUUGUCUCAAUGUCUGAUGUUGGAGCCAAUCGUUAUGGGUGAUCAAAAGUACCCACGGUCAGAUGAGUUAAGGAGGAUUAUUGGCUCUUCUGUUGGUAACAGCUCAGAGGACAAUUCUUUUGGUGCCGUUCAUCUGAAGACUUCACCUCCAGUAGUUAUGGAGGAAUUAAAACGAUUUCGAGCUAGUUUUGCCGAUACUCGUCUCAAAGCUAGUGGUAGAGCCAAAAAGCUGGACGAGCAUUUAAAUAAGUUGAACAAUUAUCUUGAAACCAUGACCCGUAAGAAUCAGCAACGGAAUGAGCUAUUGACAAAUGAUCGAUCAACUAGUUCAAGCUCAAAGAUGGGAACCCAGAUGCAGCGUAGCCCUUCGGAGCUUGUAGCUCAUAAAUUUGAGGACGGACCUAAGAAUAUUGUUCUGAAUAAGCGUUUAAGGACAUCAAUUGUAGAAACUCGGGCGGACUUCCGGGAUAAUGGAUUACUUCGGCAGCCUUUGGCAAUGACAAAAGAACGAGACCUGCUUAAAGAUGGUGGUGCAGAUGCAGAUAUUGUUGAGGAAAGGAUAAGAAAAUUACCUGCUGGUGGAGAAGGUUGGGACAAGAAAAAGCGAAGGAAACGCUCGGUAGCUGCAGUCUUUUCAAGAGCUAUUGAUUCUGAUGGGGAACUGAAACGUACUAUGCAUCAUAAGCUUAUUAGUGAACCUGGUGGUGGUAACAAGUUGGACUCUAUACCGUCUCCUGCUGGUUCUAAUUCUCAUGCAACUCCAAAAACUGAGCAAGAAAGAUCUGUUCUUUCAAGGGAUUUUCAUCCCGGACAGAAUAAGGAGCGAGUCUUAGGAAAAGGAAACAUAAAGUUUAAUAACAGCAAGGAGAAUCUUGGUGUUUGUCCUAGUCCAGUAGUAAAAGGGAAAGCCUCAAGGGCACCUCGAAGUGGCUCUAUAUGUGGAACCAAUUCAGCUUCUAAUAUUCCCCGUAUAUCUGGAGCUUUGGAGGAACAACCUCAAGGUGUAAAUAAAAAUCCUUCAAUUGGCAGCUCUAACAAUCGGAAGCGUGGUAUACCGACCGUAUCAUCCUCUCUGCCCAUCACUCAUUGGGUUGGGCAGAGGCCACAGAAGAUUUCCCGUACAAGGAGGACGAAUCUUGUGCCAGUAUCAAACCAUGAUGAAGCACAGAUGCAAUCUGAAGGAUGUUCCCCUUCAGAUCUUGGUACUAGAUUAGGCUCUGGCGUGACUAAUGUUUCCCUUAUCUCUAGAAGUACAGCCACUGGAACUCAUAAUUUCAAAGUUAAACCUGAAAAUGUUUCAUCCCCUGCUAGAUUAUCUGAAAGUGAAGAAUUUGGGGCUGGUGAAAACAAACUAAAGGAUAUAGGUUUAGGGAGUGUAGGUGUGGAAGAAAAAGACGAAAAUGGUGGUCAGAACAUCAGGUCUUCUGCAAUUCUUACAAAGAAGAACAAAAUUGUUGUUAAAGAAAAGAAAGGUGAUGGUGUACAGAGACAAGGCCAAAGUGGAGGUGUCUUGCCAUUUUCUAGUCCUAGUAUUUCACCAAUGAUAGAUAAGGCAGCGACAACCAAGCCACUGCGAAGUGCUAGGUCUGGUUCUGACAAGAAUGCAAGUAAGUCAGGCCGUCUUUUGAAGAAGCUAUCUGACCGCAAAGGUCUCUCUCGUCUUGUCCAUGUGGCAAAUGGAGGUUCCCCUGAUUUUAGUGGGGAAUCAGAGGAUGACCGUGAAGAGAUUUUAAAAGCCGCAAAUUUUGCUUACGACUCCAGUGUCCGUGCCUGUUCAAGCCCAUUCUGGAAGAAAGUUGAGGCAUUGUUUGCUUCUAUUAGCCCAGAUGAAAGAUCAUAUUUAUCACAACAGCUGAAAUCGGCAGAAGAAUAUUCUGGAAGCUUGAAUCAGAUCAUUGGCCCUGGAAAUAAUAUUCAACUGGAAAUGGGUGAUCAUGGGCACGAAGAAAUUUCUGCCUCGGAUUCACUCUUUGGUGAGAGGAAUGGACACAUGAAAAGUGAAACCGGCUUAAAAGACUCUUUCGAUAGUGUGGAAUUUGUCCAGCAACUGCAGGAUUCCUCUUUGCUUGGAAGCCUAGAUACAGGACGUACUCCACUUUAUCAAAGGAUUCUAUCAGCUGUUAUUAUGGAAGAUGAAAUUGAAGAAUGCAAGGAAAAUGGAUUUAGAAGAUCAAGGAGUUCACCUGAUGAUCCACGCUUUGUUCUUGGUUCUGAAAGUAAAAAUAGGUCUUCGAACUUCUCCGAGCCAAUCGUUGGCAUCCGAACACAGAAAAAUGGCAACCCAGAUCAAUUUUUCUCUUGCAACGGAAAUACUGACCUCAAUAGAAUCCGUAGUGCUAGAGUACAUCCAUGCAACUCUGAAAUGCUACAAGGUGACAGUGGAUAUGAGCAUUUAGAGGUUGAUAUGUUGUCUGGACGUUCAAGAUGUGAUUAUGGUGCACAAAAUUUUCAGUCAAAAAGUUGUGGCAUAUCUUUCUCUGAUUACCAAUAUGAUGAGAUGUAUCUUGAAGACAAACUCGUAUUGGAGCUGCAGAGUGUUGGUCUGUAUUCUGAAACCAUGCCUCCAUUGGAUAAUAAAGAGGAUGAAGUAAUCAACCAUGAAAUUGUGCAGCUAGAGAGUGGACUUCAUCAAAAGAUUGGAAAGAAGAAAAUGUGCCUAGAUAAAUUUUACAAGGCUAUUCAAGAAGAAAAUGAUGCAGAAAGACGGAACCCUGAGCAGGUUGCAAUGGAUAAACUUGUUGAAUUGGCAUACCAGAAAUUUUUGGCAACUCGAGGAAGCUUUGCUUCUAAACAUGAGAUUGCCAAAGUGUCGAAACAAUCUGCAUUGGCAUUUGCCAAGAGGACACUUUCCAGAUGCCAGAAAUUUGAAGAUUUAGGAGCAAGUUGCUUUACUGAGCCUGCAAUCCGGGAUAUUGUUUAUGCUGCACCUCCCCGGGUCAAUGAACCGGCGCCGCUUCCUGAUGCUAACCUGUCAGUUGCUAAUGGCUCCUUACUUGGCUGUACCAAUGGGAGUUCAGCUGAUGUGUUUGAGACUUCAGGACAUCAAUCCGAUCACGACUUUGCUAAAAAUGGACCAAUAUCCAACAGAGGAAAGAAAAAGGAAGUAUUGCUUGAAUAUGUUGGUGGUGCUGUUUUUAGAUCAACACCUACUUUAGGCAUUUCAGGUGAUGCAAGAGGAAAGAGAAGUGAGAGAGAGAGAGAAACUUCAACCAGAAACCUGGCUUCCAGCUCAUCAAUGGGCGGCUCUAAGGGUGAACGUAAAACAAAAGCAAAGCCGAAGCAGAAGACAGCUCAGCUUUCCACAUCAGGAAAUGGAUUUGUCAAUAAAAGAGAUAUUAGAUCAAUAUCUUCUGGUAAUGCCCCUCUGGAUUCAUCAAAGGAGACGAAGAAAUCUAUGGACUUCCCAAAUUUGCCACUGGAUGGUGUAGAUUCAAUAGAACAGCUAGGAGUAGAUUCUGAUAUUGGCGGAACACAGGAUUUCAGUUCUUUGUUCAAUUUUGAUGAGGACGGCCGGGAGUUCUUUCACAUGUUGACUUUAGCAGCAGGGAGUUCUUUCACAGCAUGUUUGGUAAGCAAUUUUGGACUGGACUUACAGUAUUAUCAAGAAGAUAUUUACAGCACCUGCAGGAUUCCUAACGCAUGGAUUUGGAAGAAAUUCUCUUCUUCUGUCUGUCUAACGCCCUGCUUACCCCUCCGGAAAGGUAGCUCUAACGCCGUUUUCUUGCUCCAUAUUGUCUACCACAUUCUGACUAUGCUAAGGAGUUCACCUGAUGAUCUAUGGUUCGUUCUUGAUUCUGAAAGUAAAAAUAGGACUCCACUGAACUUCUCUGAGCCAAUUGUCGGCAUCCAAACUCAGAAAAAUGGCAACCCAGAUCAAUUUUCUCUUGCAAUGGAAAUAUUGACGACCAAUGCUAGAGUACAUGCAUGCAACUCUGAAAUGCUACAGGGUGAGGGCGAAUAUGAGCGUUUAGAGGUUGAUUUUUUUGGCUAG